CUCACAUUUGAGCCUCCUCUGUGAUCUGCGAAAUGGAGCCACCGAAGGACCAACACAGGCCGGGGAAAUCUCCCUCCGAACCACCGUCCUCCGCUUAUCCUCACUCCGGUUGCUGUACUAGCUGCGGCGGACCAACAAUUUCGGAGCCGCCACCUCUAGCUUCAAUACCCGAUAUGUCACCGCCACCAAACUACCGCCCGAUCCGAGCUCCAGCUAUCAAUCUCCCCUACAACUCACAGGCGAUCAUCCUCUCCCCCGUUCCUCAUGCGGAGCAAGUCCCCGUCGUCACUCCGCCGUAUCAAUUCGAGCGUCCCGUCAAGAGAAUCCACUCCCCAGAUGAUAUUCGCCGCUUCCAGGAAUCAGCCUCUUUCAAGAACUUCUUAGGAUUCGUAGUAUCUCUAUCGGAAUCGAUCCGCGGACACAAAAUCUCUGAUCCUUGCCAUGUGUCACCCACCGUCGCCGCCAUAGUGUCAAUCCUUGAGACCUUGUUGCAAUGGAUCGACGAGAUCCCUCCUGUUCAGAUGUCCUCUCGAUACGGUAACAUCUCGUUUAGGUCGUGGCACGAUCGUCUCGCUGAGAAAGGCGAGUUGCUUAUCCUUGAGUUUCUCCCCGACGAGUUCAAAGAUUCCACGAUCGAGAUCGUUCCUUACUUGUUCGAUAGCUUCGGGAACGCAAGCAGAAUCGAUUACGGGACGGGGCACGAGACAAACUUCGCGGCCUGGCUGUAUUGCUUAGCGAAGAUGGGGAUCAUCAAGGAAGAAGAUUACCAUGGUGUGGUGGCUAGGGUUUUUGUGAAGUAUCUUGAACUGAUGCGAAAGUUGCAGAUGGUUUAUUGCUUAGAGCCUGCUGGGUCUCAUGGAGUAUGGGGACUUGAUGAUUACCAUUUCUUGCCGUUUAUAUUUGGGAGCUCUCAGUUGAUUGAUCACAAGUAUAUGAAGCCCAAAUCGAUUCACAACGAUGAUAUCUUGGACAAUUUCUCUACUGAGUACAUGUACUUGUCUUGUAUUGGGUUUGUGAAGAAGGUGAAGAAAGGGUUGUUUGCUGAGCACUCCCCGCUGCUUGAUGAUAUCAGCGGUGUACCGAACUGGAAGAAAGUGAAUAGCGGUUUGCUUAAGAUGUACAAAGUUGAAGUGCUCGAAAAGGUUCCUAUUAUGCAGCAUUUCCUCUUUGGCUGGCUUAUUAAAUGGGAGGAGUGAAUUAAUACAUUGGAGCAGGGACGUCGAUUUCUACUCGGAGAGAUGGCUUAUAAUGUAGUAGAGACAUGUCUUUUCUUUUUCAUGUUUCGGAUAGCUCGAUGAGAUGGAUACGAACCUUUAAUGGCUUAUUCUAUCUUUGGUAUUGUAUCCUUUGGGUUUGAUACUUCAACUUAUUUUAUUUUUUGGUUAUUUUACUUUGAAUUUUACUUUGAAAGUCUCAGUAGCAGAGUAAAU